GGAAGCCGAUAUAACAACAUGGGCACGUGGUGUCUUUUAUAGACUUGGCUCUCAGUCGAGGAAGUAGCUCCUACCGUUACUUCAUGUCGGCCGGUCGAGAAAGAAGAGCUUUUGUUCAGGUUGCUGUGUCAGAUCCUGUCAUGAGUGUCACCGCCCUCUUUCUGCUGAGCUGUCUCGCCAUUACGGCUCAAGGUCAAAAUUGUUCUAAACCUGUUGGAGGACCCAACAUGAAUUUGAAGGGCGAUGCCAUUCUGCAAGAUACAUUUCCAGAUGGUUCUAAGGUUUCUUUUGCCUGUAAUAUUGGCUACACACCUGCAGGAGGGUCUCCAACCAUUACGUGUACUGCAGGGAAUUGGAGUACUCUGACGCUAGUUUGUGAAAGGAAAAGCUGUGGUGCUCUUCAAGAAGUGGAAAAUGGAAAUAUUGACUACCCCAAUGGGGACGUUCUGUUUGGUGACACAGCUGUGGUCACAUGUAACCAAGGUUACAUAUUAGUUGGUAACAGAGUAAUCAGAUGUGGAGACCAAGGAUGGAUGGACAGGCUACCUGUGUGUGAAGUGGUGAAAUGCCCUACACCUGGAUUAAUUGCCAAUGGCACUUUUAGCCCACAGAAGGAAACCUAUAAUUACAGAGAUGUUGUACUUUACUCUUGUAAAACUGGGUUUACACUUAAUGGAUCAAAAGAGUCUGUAUGUUCUGAAGACGAGAAAUUCAACCCUGAACCUCCAACAUGUGUCUGGGUCGAAUGUAAAGAUCCUGUGAUACUAAAUGCUGAGUUUGUUGAGGGGUCUCGACCUCCACACACAUUUGGAUCWACAGUUCAGUACAUUUGUAAACCUGGAUACAACAUGACCGGAGAUGCUACCAUAAAAUGUGACAUAAACAGCCAGUGGUCACCUAGAAUCCCAGAAUGCAAAGYUCAUGGGAAUGCACUUAGGACGGGGAUCAUUGUUGCAGUUGUAAGCACAGUGGUCAUGUUGGUCCAACACAACUGGAUAUGAAAAUGUCAUCCCGAGAAGACAGCCCCCUGAAGUGACCUGUGAAUGUACCUGCUUUCAAAGCGCAACGUAGAAAUCAUGAAAAUCUUGGAAAAUUCCUUCGCAGUGUUUUACACACAACUCUUCAGCAGUUUGAAAUUUAUUCAUUUAAGUUGUUUAACAAAUCAAACAMUUAACAUUCAUAUCCACUUUGCUGUAUUUUCUUUUGUUUAACUGCACAUUGAUGUUUGUUGUUUAUAUUAGAGCUAAGCUCUUCAUGGCUUUCUAGCCCUGAUUCUCACAUAAUUACUGUUCAUUAACAUCUAAACAACCUGACAACAAGCUGGAAUAUAUAUAUAAUUGUGAAAUUACUUUUCCUAAAUAUGUAUAUGAAACAUCAAAAAAAAAAACUUGUUUCAUAAAUUUAGGAAAAGUCAUUUCACAAAUAUACAUAUUUUCAGCUUGAUGCAGAAACAACUGUUAGAUGACAAGUGUUGACUUGUCAUCAUUUGUGUUAUCCAAAAGGAAAUGGUUUUGUUUGUGCAGAGGAGAAGUUCAGUCAGAAUAACAGUAGGAACUUUAAAAUACUGUCUAAAGAAAGAGGCAUGUUUUAGUUGCCUUUAUGCAAAAAGCCAAAUGAUUUUCCCUCUCAUUAAAGAAAAUUAUWUUUCUUUGAAUCAACAUUGUAGUAGUU